AUGCUAACAAAGGAUCUGACGCCUAACCCGAAGGCUGUCAAUAUUAUCCGUCCAUUCAACCAUCACCAGCACGCACAACAACAACCACAGCAGCAGCAGCAGCAGCAGCAGCAACAUUUAUUCUCCAGCCAGUUCUCGUCUUCACAAAUAAUACAGAGACAGCCUAAUUUUUCAUCAUCAACCAACUCUUCCUCUUGUACUUUUUCAACCGCGUCAACAACUACAACUAGCAAUACUGUCUAUAAUACCCAUCCAACGCACCACAAUACCACAACAACUACUCCCAUGAUACGCCAGCCUUCUUCUGAAACUAGUCCGGGGCUUUCUUUCUUUUGUCAAUCUUCUACCAACACUCUUACAAAGACCAACGUUAGCCAGUAUCCUUUCGAAAAUAUGCAUCAAAAGCAAUCUCAGCAACAACCCCCCUUGGUAAUAAGUCGAAUCAACUUGUCUAAUUUUAAUCGUCGUCCUACAAUACAGACCGAUUUGGAGCAUGGUAUUACCACAUUAGACGACGCUGAUGAUGAGAAUGGCGAGGAUGAAAACAAGCAUGCUAGCAUUGGGGAGGAUGAAGGCGACGACGACGACGAGCUUGACAUAGAUAUGGCUAUAGACGAUAUUGACGACGAUACACAAAUGAACACUACCUCAAGGACCACUGAAGAGGAGACGUAUCAAAAAGCCCAUAGGAUGCCCUCAUCAUUUACACCUGGAUUUGGCAUCAUGAGUGGAGGUCUGGGAUCAUUUUUAUUGAGAGGUACAAUAGCAGUACAGGCCAAACCGCAGCCAGUGGAGGAUGCCAAAGUGCAUAGAAAGAUCGAGGAUUUGGAGAUUGAAAAAAAAUCACUAUUGACCUUGAAUCAAACAUUGGAAACAGUAGUGAAGGAGCAAUCAAACACGAUCAGUGAUCUACAGAGUAGACUAGCUGCGAUAGAGAGGCCACUGACUCCCGGAUUAGACACAAGCUCCAGCAAAAAUGGUAUUAUGUCCUCUCCUGAUAUACUUGAACCAACUGAUCUAGAGCGAUAUUUGCAAGACGAAGAUGCCGCCUUUGAACGGAUCCGGUCCAUGCUACUGGAACUCAUUGAGCAGGCUCAAUCUGCUGUUACGCAAACCAAAAAAGUUUCAGGUCGUGUCAUUACCGACAUUGAUGGUCAAUACAGGAACAUGAAACGGAGCGACGCUGCUCCUCAUGCUCGACCCAGAUCAGUCAUUGGUGACAGAAGCUCCAGCACAAAAAGUUUGCAUCAGCAGAAAGUAUCAAGAAGGACAUCACUUGGAAGCAUAAGCAAUGCAUCUACCACCCCAUCAAUACAUAUCAAUAAUACGUUGAAUAGCUCGCGAAGACUAUCAUCAUCACCUACUUUAUAUAAUUCAACAAUAUCAACUACAACUAACAAGCCUCAUUCAUCACCUUCAACAUCUCCUAUACCAAAUAGACGCUAUUCAAUGCAGCGUUCUGUCUCGAGAUCCUCCUCUCCUGCUGCUCUAAAUACAGAUUUCAGUGGAAAUUCGAAACAGCAAGCUCCUGCGCCAAGAGCAUCGAAAUAUACUAACCACAAGCAUAAAACAGCAACACAACACGAUUCUCAAACCAGAAAAUGGCUCAACUGA